UACAGGAAGCGAGGAAGCGUUUUGACAAGGCUAGUCUUCUGUAUGACCAGGCUCGUGAAAAGUUUUUGUCACUGAGAAAAGGAACAAAAACUGAUGUAGCUGCUGUUUUAGAGGAGGAGCUUUAUCAUGCAAGGACUACAUUUGAGCAAGCUCGAUUUAGCCUAGUAACUGCCCUUUCUAAUGUUGAAGCAAAGAAGAGGUUUGAAUUUCUGGAAGCAGUCAGUGGAACAAUGGAUGCGCAUCUUCGUUACUUCAAACAGGGUUAUGAGUUAUUGCAUCAGAUGGAGCCAUAUAUAAAUCAGGUGUUGACUUAUGCCCAGCAGUCAAGAGAAAGGUCCAAUUAUGAGCAGGCAGCUCUUAAUGAAAGGAUGCAAGAGUUCAAAAGGCAGAUUGACCGAGAGAGUAGGUUGUCUUCCAAUGUUUCUAAUGGAUCUCCUAAUGGAGAUGGUAUACAAGCCAUUGGUAGAAGUUCACAUAAAAUGAUAGAGGCAGUUAUGCAAUCUGCUGCGAAGGGAAAGGUUCAAACUAUCCGACAAGGUUAUCUCUCAAAGCGGUCCUCAAACUUGAGGGGAGAUUGGAAAAGAAGAUUUUUUGUUCUUGAUAGCCGAGGAAUGCUGUAUUACUAUCGUAAGCAGUGCACCAAAUCAUCUGGUUCUGGCAGUCAACUUUCUGGUCAGAGGAAUAGUUCUGAGCUUGGAUCUGGAUUGCUGAGUCGAUGGCUUUCUUCUCAUUAUCAUGGAGGAGUACAUGAUGAAAAAUCUGUUGCUCAUCACACAGUGAAUCUUCUUACCUCAACAAUCAAAGUUGAUGCUGAUCAAUCAGAUCUUAGGUUCUGUUUCAGGAUCAUUUCACCAACCAAGAACUACACUUUGCAGGCAGAGAGUGCACUGGAUCAGAUGGACUGGAUUGAGAAGAUUACUGGGGUUAUUGCUUCAUUACUUAGUUCUCAGACUCCUGAGAGGUGUCUGCCUACUAGUCCCAUGGGAAGUGGCCAUCACCGGUCUGGCAGUGAGAGUAGUUCAUUUGAAAGUUCUGACUUUGAUCAUGCUGCUGUUGAAGAAUAUACAUCUGAGAGGAACCUUGCAAUUUCACAUCAUGAACGACAUUCAAGGGGUUCACUACAUCAGCGAGCUUCUGUAAAGAGUGAGAAGCCAAUUGAUGUGUUGCGAAGAGUUUGUGGAAAUGAUAAAUGUGCUGAUUGUGGUGCCUCUGAACCUGAUUGGGCAUCUUUGAAUCUUGGUGUUCUUGUUUGUAUUGAAUGCUCUGGUGUUCACCGAAAUCUUGGUGUACACAUAUCAAAGGUCAGAUCACUUACCCUUGAUGUGAAAGUGUGGGAGCCAUCAGUUAUAAGUUUAUUUCAGUCUCUGGGCAAUGCCUUUGCAAACUCAGUCUGGGAGGAAUUAUUGCAAUCAAGAAAUGCAUUCCAUGUUGAUCUUAAUCCCGCAAGCUCAUACAAGUCUGAUAAACCGCAAUUACUUCUUUCGGGCAAACCUAGUCCCUCUGAUUCUAUAUCAGUGAAGGAGAAGUUCAUUCAUGCAAAGUAUGCAGAAAAGCUUUUCGUUCGCAAACCAAAAGACAAUCACUAUUCCCAUGCUAUGGCACAACAGAUCUGGGAGGGUGUUCGUGCUAAUGAUAAGAAAGCUGUAUACCGUAACAUAGUUAAUAGUGAAGCAGAUGUGAAUGCUGUGUAUGAGCAAGCAUCAAGCAAUCCUUCCUUAACACUUGCCAAAGCAAUGCUACUGAACGAGCAGACAAGCCUUGAACACAGCUCCAGAUGCUUAACAGGGAAUUCAUCGGACAGAUCUUCCUCUGGCUCAUCGAACUUGGCCAGUACUAAUGAAGGCCAAACCAUUGAUGAUCUAGAUGGUUGCACCCUGCUCCAUCUAGCUUGUGAAACUGCAGACAUUGGCAUGCUAGAACUCCUAUUACAGUAUGGUGCAAAUAUCAAUGCUACUGAUUCAAGAGGUCAAAUGCCACUGCACCGCUGUAUACUCCGAGGCAGACCCCAAUUUGCUAAACUGCUUCUUAUGAGAGGUGCUGAUCCACGGGCUGUAAAUGGGGAAGGUAAAAAUCCACUUGAACUGGCUGUAGAGUCGAACUUCAGUGACGGCGAUGUGCUUGCAAUAUUAUCGGAUUGGAAUGAGUAAAAUUUGCUGUCUAAAAAAUUAAAGGAAUUGGUUUUUGUAUAGUUCAUAUUUGAUGGAAGAAUUUGAGAUAUUUAGUUUUGGGUUAGAGGAGAUGUGUGGAAGGUUGUUCUAAGAGAGAAUGGAGUGAAAAUGUGAGUGGUAGGUUGGCAUGGCUGCCCCCUCAUGGGCAUGAGUGCAAAUUUGAUCACUCAAGUAAUUUGCAAUUUAAAAAUUGGCCUCAUUUAUGAGUUGAGAGGUGCUGUAUUAACUGUUUAUGUGUUUUUAUUUAAUCAGUUUGAUUCUUC